UUAACAACAUCAAUUAUGAAAUUUCAUAUAUAUUGUUGGAUCCCAAUUGAAAUGGGAAAAUCUGAAUAAUUUGGUAAUAACAAUUAGAUUCUGAAACAGGCUGAAUUAUAGGGAAAAUGAAAAUAACUUAAUGCCUUCCAACAAAGAUUGAACCUCUCCUCUAUAUUGUAAUGGAAUUUUCUUUUCUUCUAAUUUUUCUUUUCUCUUGAUUUCUUGUAAAUUGGAUGGGAUGCCAAUUAUGAACAUUAGGUUAUCAGCCUGCAUUUUGUCAGGCAAGUAAAAGAUAAAAUAGAUUUGCACAAAUAAUAUCUGCUAGCAUUUGCUGGGGACAUGGUCCUUGCUUCAGCAUAUGCCCAUGAGCUGCCUCGCUAUGGGCUCGAAGUAGGUCUCACAAAUUAUGCUGCAGCUUACUGUACCGGAUUGCUCUUGGCCUGCCGUGUCUUGAAAAUUCUCGAGAUGGAGGAUGAGUAUGAGGGCAAUGUGGAGGGAGCAUUGGAUGGCGGGUUGGAUAUCCCUCACAGUGAUAAGAGAUUUUCUGGUUUCUCGAAGGACUCUAAGCAGCUGGAUGCUGAGGUUCACCGCAAGCAUAUUUAUGGUGGGCAUGUCGCUGCAUAUAUGAAGAUUUUGAUGGAAGAUGAACCAGAGAAGUAUCAGUCUCAUUUUGUUGAGUAUAUCAAGAGAGGAAUUGAGCCUGAUGGCAUUGAGGAGCUGCACAAGAAAGUUCAUGCUGCCAUCCGCAGAGACCCCACUCAAAUGAAGUCUGAGAAGGAGCCACAUAAGCAGCACAAAAGAGGUACAACUUGAAGAAGCUGACAUGUGAUGAAAGGAAAGCUAGCUUGAUUGAACGACUGAAUGCCCUCAAUGCAGCAGCAGGAGCUGAUGAGGAGAUGGAUGAUGAAGAUGAUGAAUGAAUGUAGUAUAGUACCUUUGCCUUUGGGGGCUUGGAAUUUGAGUCAAAUAUUAGAUGUUCUUAGUGCACAAUGAUGCUGCUCUGCAGUUUAGUUUCAAACCUAUUAAAUUUUGUUUGUGUUUCUUUGGGUGAAAUUUUGUAGCUUGGAUAUUUUUAUUUGAAGAUGGCAAUUAGACACUUUUUGAAUGUUAUGAAAUGCAUUAUUAUUUCUGA